GGACUUGCAACCUCAUGGUUCCUAGUUGGAUUUGUUAACCACUGCGCCACAACGGGAACUCCAAGGUCGAUAUAGUAAUAACGUAGAUUUUCAGUUCAUUUCUUUCUCGCAAAAUUCACCAGGAGAUCUUAGCGAAAGUCUCUUGAACUUAGUAUUGGCUAAUGCUGAGGGCAGAAGCAAGGAGCCAAUGCAACCGUGAGGGGGCUUUCAAAGCUGAUGGCUGUCCAGACCUCAGUGAGGUCCUGCAGCGGUGGUGCCUCUCCUCGUCCCCUCCAGCAAACCUCCCACUCCAACAAAAAUUCCUGGUGCCUCAGAGGCGGCCAGAUAACUGCGACUCACCAUGGGAGAAAGGAGUUUUCUGAACGGAUGGAAUUGCAGAGAAAAGAGAAAGGAUCAGUGACAAACGACCAGAGGAGCUGGAAAACCACCUCCUGACUCACCGGGCCAAUACCAUCAUGUACCCUUGGGUAACCGCCCUGGUCCUCAUACUCCUUCUGACAGAUAGUGUAAUGUCUUAUACAGAACUGACUGUGGUGGAGGGUCAGUCUGUGACGCUUCAGUGCACCUAUAGUGGAUCAAUUACAACCACAUGUUGGGGCCGAGGGGCAUGUUCUACGUUCAGCUGCUCAGAUUAUAUCAUCAGGACCGAUGGAUACAACGUCAUCUUUCAGAAGGACCCUCGCUAUUUGCUCAAAGGAAAUAUUGGACAUGGGGAUGUGUCUUUGACCAUAGUAAAUGUAAAACUCUCCGACAGUGGCGUGUAUUGCUGCCGUGUUGAACUGGCAGGGUGGUUCAACGAUUUAAUAGUCACCUACACCUUGAAGGUCAGGCCAGCUCCACCGACGACAACAGCGGUCAUCACUACUCGGAAAACGACGGUCACCACGACUCCAAAAACAACAACUACCACCACUCAGAAAACGACGGUCACCACGACUCCAAAAACAACAACUACCACCACUCCGGAAACGACGGUCACCACGACUCCAAAAACGACGGUCACCAUGACUCCAAAAACGACGGUCACCAUUGCUCCAACAACUGGUGUCUCUACUUCUGCUCCUCCCAUGCCAGCAACCACAGAGACUGUCCAUACAGGUGCUGCUUUAACUUCUCCAUCACAGCAAGAGGUGACCCUGCCUAUCACAACGCAGAACACAAUGACUAGCUCACUGGUGCCCUCUUGCUCAACAGAUGGGAAUAUCACCACGACACAGUUUUCAGAUGGCCUUCAGCAAAACAAUCAAACUUCUGUGGUGCUGGAACAAAGUCACUGGCUGAGCAAAAAUCAGGGAGUUUACAUUGGAAUCGGUGUUACUGCCAUAGUGUUAUUGCUCAUAUGUUUGACUGUCAUUAUUGCCAAAAGGUAUAUAUGCCUGGGUAGCAAAGUGGAGCUACUACGGAUAAUUUCAUUUAAGGACAUUCAUUUCGGAGCUUUGAAAAACAUGUCGGUGAAGCAUGUCCGAGCAGAAGACAACAUCUACAUUAUUGAGGAUAGUCAUUAAGUCAUGGAUUAAGAUCCCGUGGCCUCCGAAGGUGUUAUACCCUUGACCUCAGGAGACUGACCAGAUACCACCGAGUCAGAGUCCCAUCAGCAGCAGGACAAUUGUGCGGUCAGUUUCACGUGGCAUUCUAACAAGUCAGUGACACUAGGUAGAGUGAAUCUAGCUCAUCUGUACACCGGCAACCUCUGUAAUAUAGUCCUAAUUUUUUAUAUUGACACUGGUUCAGUCUUUCUGGUCAUUGCAGAGCUCUCUCCAAAACAUGAAAUGUACUCCUUAGAAGUGUACGUUCUCUCUAUUUGUUUGUUUUUGCUUGUUUUUUGUUUUGUUUUGGCCAUGCUCACAUGCUCAUGACAAGCACAAGUUCCCAGGUCAGGGACUGAACCUGAGCCACAGCAGUGACAAUGCCAAAUCCUUAAUCACUAGGCCACCAGACAACUCCUGUACAUUCUCUUUAGACCCUAUGUAUCCUGUAUCCAUCAUGAAUCCUCAUUGGAGAGACCAAAAGAGCACAUCAACCUUGCUUACCAAUGCUGUCAAGAGGAACUGAUUAUAACUUAAAAUCAGCAAAUCCAAUUUGGGAGUGAAAGGACUUGGAAGCAUUUCAUGAUUAUCUUCCCCCCCUUUUUUUUUUAAUCUAGUAGCUCCAACUCAUAUUCCUUAAGGCCCCCCAAAGUUUCACAUCAUGGGAGUACACAGGGUUUUAUUUACCUCCUGGGAAAACAGAAGUGAGUGUGAUUUUGCUGUUGGUAGAUCUGGUUUCUCAUGCCUCUGGAAACAUGAGGCAUUGAGUGCUUUACCUGGGACUAGGAUGGGUAUUUUAGCAGUUGGAAGAAGCUAGGGGUCAUGAGUGGACCAUCUAGACACGAGGGCGAGAAAAUCAGUUGCCAUGUAAUUUAUGCUGUUUCUGCUACAUCUGUGCCAUAGUUCAGGGCACUUAGGUAAGCAACUGUCAGGCUCUCUCAAGUAAUGUUUAGAAUGAGGUAGGACAGAAAUAAAUAAAAAAGUAAAACAAGAGAGGAAAGGAGUAGGGAAAGAGAGCUUCUGCCUUAGAAAAAUUAGUUUGCAAAUAUCAUAGUGUCAUUAGAGAGUGUUACCAGCAUCACCAGCAUUCUAAAUUGUCCUCAGGCCACUUUGAUUUUUAAAAUUUUGGGGGAAGAGAAAGGGUUUUAUUCAUAUUGAAUCAAUUCCUUUGUUAUUUCUUUUUGACAACUCAAUUAAAUUUGGGGUUUUUUCCUAGAGAGUUAGACAAACGCUAGAGGUAAGGAUAUAUUUAGUCUCCAGAACCAUUUCUACAUGAACAGUUAACAAGACUGGAUAUUAAUUUCACUUUGAGUAAACCCAGAGAUAAGUCAGGCUUGGAGUUCAGAGCUGCUCGCAGCAAAGUGGUCUGUGAGGGCUGGAUGCUGGUUUUUGAAAGCAACAUUUUUGUUACUUCAGCUGAGUUCUAGGAAAUGAAAAGGGCCUCUGAGUAAUUCUAAGGUGAUGCAGGCAAAGAAGUUCGCUAAGCCUCGUACACUAGUUUUCACAAAUGGGACCAGACUGAUCUGGUUUAAAAAAUUAUGUUCCAACUACAGUGCUUUUCUUUUAAAUUCAAGACAAUGUGCAUGGACAUAGAGAUGUCAAAUUAAAGCCCAGAUUUGUAGCAUCUCUGGACUGCAUGCCCGUGCAGUCAGAGCCCCAUUACAUGGCGUCACAUCCACCUGCCCCCGGCCCUUGCCUUAGCGUCAGGCUCAUGUUGGUUACCCGCUUUGUGACUUGCGGAGCUUUGAAUUUAUGAUACGUGCUCUGUUCUCCACACCCUUCCUGGAGUUUUAUGAUAGCACAUCACAGGUUCCGGAAGUCUGGUUAACUCUGUUUACUUUGGCAUUUCCCAAAUUUGCCUGAAACCCAUAAGCCCAGUGACUACUGGCAUCCCCAGCAGCAUUCUACGAAACUAUACAUGGAGGUUUGGGGUAAAGCAGAUGGUAGAAAGAAAUAGGACCUGAGUUCUAACCCUAACUCUUACUAGUUACAUUGGAUGGCAUUAGCGUAAAUCGUUCCUUAUGCCUAAAUAUUUACACCUAUUAGAUUCAUUUCUGCAUGUGUAUCUGUGUCUAGUGGGAAUUCCAAUGGUGUUGAAUUCAUAAACCUCUUACCAUGUGGCACCUCUUGUUAUUAUUAUUAUUUAAGUAAUGUCUGCUUUUGCAAAGUUGAUAUUGGCUAAUUUGGCUAUUAUUUUAUAUUGUAGAAAAAGCUGUCCAUAACUGAGAGGGAGAAUGGGCUAGAGGGCAGGAAGGGGAGGCAUUUGGUUAAUAUUAAAUUCUUUUCUGCUGAUGCAGCGGAAUGUAUUGACUUUUGCUUUUGAUCUUUUGAGAUAAUUGAGAUCACACUUUCUACGAUCUAGCUUGGGACAUUAGGGCACUGGUGUCAUCAAAACCAUCUAUUUGAACUUAGGAAAUUGUGUACAUCUUUAAGAAUCAGUCUUUCACCAAUGGCUACGAAGAUAAUUUUGUGAGUGUGUGAAAGUGUGAGGGAUACCUCAUCACGCAUUUCAUUUGUACGUACACUCUUUAAUAAAACACAUUUUGGUUUUCAUUUUGGAAA